ACCAGAACCAGAACCAGAACCAGCCGGGCUUGCUGCAUCGCAGACCAAGCUUGCAUGAGGAAGCCCUUGCCGAGCGCGAGUACGUGGUGAUCGAAAAGCGCACAGUGGAGAUGAAUUUCCUUGCUGACGAAAUGGAAUCCUCGCCACGCACACCUCUGACACUCUACCCGCCGCCACCGCUGCCCUCCAACAUGCACCGGGCAGCUCCUGGCGUGGCAAAGCAAAUGACCGUGUUGGCGCGGGCCAUCCGCCAUGCAGUUAUCCCGCAGAACAAAGAUGAUUUUUCUGCGGGAGAGGCUAAUGUUGAGGCGGCAUUGGGCGUGCGUGGGUUCAAUCCUCUGGAUCAGGAGCUGGCGGAGACCUUUGAAGCCUCCGGGUGCUUGGAUGUCCAGGAGGAAAUGACCAUGCGGAGGAUGGAGGGCCUGGCGUAUAUGGCCUUUGCUAUGGCCUUUUUGGCAGACAUGAAGUGGCGCCAACUGCCGAAUAACACCCCAGCAGCCGCUGUUGUUUCUGCUGUGGAUGCCCUGGUGGACCCUGGGAACGGAUACCUGAGCGCCGGAGAUAUUUCUCUUGAAGAGGCAUUUGCCCUGUACCUGCGCGCGCUCUCGCUUUUGCAACAUGCGAUGCGCGAGGCGGGCAAUCACUGGGCUGGGCUUUCGGCCAAUAGCCCAGUGUCCUUCAGGUUUAAUGCCGCGGUUCAAUGGGUGCGGACCAAAUUCAACCAGUGCUUGGAGCGUGCCGAGGCGCUCAAACUCUUUGGCAAUGGGAGAAUAAUGGAGUUGGCGGGUGUCGAGGUUGUACAGGUGUUGUAUGAGCAGUCAUUGGCUUUGGGGAAAGUUGCAGCGCUGAGGGAGUUGAAAUGGGUGGAGCCGUUGGAUUGCGACAGGGCGUAUCAGUUGGCUAUUUGGAUGCUAUCAGCGAUUCUGGAAACUGCCACUGUGGAGGAGGAUGGUGCGGGAAUGGGGUUUGAUGCGGGAGAGAGUGCUGGUGAGGCGGAAGAGAUUGAGAUGGAGGACCGCACGAUUGUUGAACAGUUUAUUGCUUCUAUUGUAAAGCGGCGCGAGAAGCUGCAGAAGAGGCUGAUGCAACAGCAGGAUAAUAUCAGUUGAGUUUUUUUAAUUGUUUUUUUAAAUAUAUAUGUAUAAGUAACGUGA